UGGACAUCAUCUCCAUGGCGGAGACAACCAUGAUGCCGGAGGAGAUUGAGCUGGAGAUGGCGAAAAUCCAGCGGCUGCGGGAAGUCUUGGUGCGGAGGGAGUCUGAGCUCAGGUUCAUGAUGGAUGACAUCCAGCUGUGCAAGGACAUCAUGGAUUUGAAGCAGGAGCUGCAGAACUUGGUUGCCAUCCCAGAAAAAGAAAAAACCAAGCUACAGAAGCAGAGAGAAGAUGAGCUCAUCCAGAAAAUCCACAAACUGGUGCAAAAGAGAGACUUCCUGGUGGAUGACGCAGAGGUGGAGCGGUUAAGGGAGCAAGAAGAAGACAAGGAAAUGGCUGAUUUUCUGAGAAUCAAGUUAAAACCUCUAGACAAAGUAACCAAAUCUCCAGCCAGCUCCCGGGCAGAGAAGAAAGCAGAGCCCCCACCUAGCAAGCCUACAGUGGCCAAGACAGGGCUGGCACUCAUCAAAGACUGCUGUGGGACCACCCAGUGCAAUAUCAUGUAGCCCUCCAGGGAAUGUGGGGACCCCUCCCUCACACUCUUGUCAUCAUAGCCCCCAUUUCACCGGGGCUCAAGAACUCUCCAAGGCCGAAGGGGUUGAAGGCAAGCCCAUGUCUGCUGCCAGGGGCCAUGGGCGUGGCAGGCGGGCCCAGCCACCCUGUACAGAGUGUAGCAUUAGGGACUCCCUCACUGUCGUACGGCCCUCCCCAGAGCAUGCCCAACCCAGGAGUCUGUCUCACCAUUUGUCCAGCCACCAGGAAAGAUCCUCCCUCAAAACAGUGUAUCUCCACCUCUAUCUAGCUGUAUCUAACCCACCAUGUGAAUGAACUGGGCAAGAAGGGCAUGAUUCCCCGGAUGUGUGUCCAGUUGUGACUUUCAACAGUCUAGCACCACACUGGACACAUUCCCCAUCCGCUCUCCUAGCCCUCCAGGGCACAGUCCCUCCACGUAGCCCUCACACCUCUUAGGCGCCAUCAGUAUUGCAUUCUUGGAGACCCACGGCCUGUCCCGUCUGUAAAGACUGAGCUUGUG